CCUGCUCUAACUUAAACAUUUCACACCAGAGGCGCUGAUACAGUGAACAAAGGAUGACAAACAUCUCCCGAUAUCUUGUCAGUCACCUGCUGACGUUCUCACUUCAGGACGGGGAUGUGCAGGGCGUGGAGGAGGCCAAGUCACGUCUCUCCUUCCUGGCUCAGAACAAAAAGCUGUGGAUUCAACAGAUGUAUCUGGACGUCGGAGCGGCAGCCAUUCAUCUCCGAGACAUACAGAGCCAGGACGAGCUGGAGAAAUACUCUUUCAAAUCCAUCCACCGCUGCGAUGCCAUUAACACUGAAAAGCACUUCCCAUCCCUUCUUCUAUUAGUCUGCCAAGGUGUAGAUCAGAAGAAACCGGACAUUCACUUCUUUAACUGCGAGACUGUGAAGGCAAAGCAAAUCUCUGACGACAUCUCACGCGCAGUUUUGGGGUCCUCCUCAAGCUGGAGUAAGAAGCUCCCUGAUGGCCUCAGGCCUCCUCAGAGUGAAGGAAAGAUGAUCGACCCGAGUGAAAUCCCAAGCCACCCCAUCACACAAGCUCCAAACCCCCCACCAUCCAACCCUCCGCCUUACCCCGGACUCAGAGUGAACGGCGGGCCUGACAUCUCCUUCCUGCGAGCAGAGAGAGAAGUGGGGAUCCUCAAUCACUGUUUCGAAGACAUCGAGAACUUCAUGGCCAAGCUGCAGAAGACUGCAGAGGCUGCAACAGCGCUGAGCCAGAAGAAGAAGAAAAAGAAGAGUAAAAGUAAAAAGCAAACUACUGAAGAAGAUUCACUCGCUGCAAAUGCCCGACCUCCACCAGAGGAGGAGUUCAUCGAUAUCUUCCAGAAAUUCAAAUAUUGCUUUAGCCUGCUGGCCCGUCUGAAAUCAACCAUCUCCAAUCCUUCCUCAGAGGAGCUUGUUCACCAUGUAUUCAAACCUUUGAAUAUGAUGGUGAAAACAACAGGGGGACCAGAUCUCGGAGCCACGGUGUCCAGCCCCGCCCUAACCAACUCUGCUGUUUCCCUGCUACAAGACAACCUGAACGAGGAGGAGAGGCAGCUGUGGACAUCUCUGGGUCCCAACUGGACGCUCCCACGGUCUCAGCUCAGAGGGCCUGUAGCUCCGUACACCCCAGUGUUCUUGAGUGGUUGGAAGCCGGAAGCCCUGAAGGCAAACGGGCAGGUUUGGGAGGAUCCGGUUGAGUCACAGCACAAACUCGAGGACCUCCGGGUAAAACAAGAGCAGUCUCCUCAGCUAGUCGGACCUCCAGAAAGGGACGUCAGAGAUGAAAGACUUCAGCCAGAGCCCGAGAGACUGUACAGCUGCACCUAUGAAUUCAUAGCCAGGAACAGCAGUGAGCUUUCAGUGCAGCAGGGAGAGACACUCGAGGUGAUCGAAUCAUCCAAGCGCUGGUGGAAGUGUCGCAAUCGCUUCAACCAGAUCGGGUUUGUUCCCUUCAACAUCCUGGAACCUGUGGCUCACGCAGACAGUCCCGUCACAAACAAACCCCCGAGUGCUCCGGCUCCGCCUACCCUCAUCAAGACCAUCUCUGCGGUCCCACCCAGCCCUCCUGCUCCACCCCGCGCCCCCUCCCACUCCCCCAAGCGUCCCCACAGCUUACCAGCAUACAGCCAACACGUACCAGUUGCAGAGGACACAGAUAAUAAAGUCAUGCUGAUGAAUGACGAGCUGCUCCAGAGACUGACCAAUGGAAAGAAUCUGAACAAACCCCUGGUCAUCCCUCGCUCCUCAGAGACCUCCAUUCCUCUGGACUACCACUCUCCUCCAGAGGAGGUAGCGGAGUGGCUCCGAGGGAAGGGCUUCAGUGAACGAACGGUGUCAUGUUUGGGAGUGCUGACAGGGGCCCAGCUCUUCUCCCUCAACAAGGAGGAGCUACGAUCUGUGAUUCCAGAUGAGGGUGCCAGAGUGUACAGCCAGCUCACUGUGCAGAAAGCACUACUGGAGGAUGCCCGUAGGGCCACAGAGUUGGAGGCAGUCAUGGAGAAGCAGAAAAUGAAGGUUGAUCUGAAACUGGACAGCACCACAUUGUGAGCAGCAGGCGUCUACGUCAUGAAGUUUCAGAUGAAGGAUUGUGAUAUUCUGGUGCUAUUGUCACUAAAGAUCCAACUCCUGAUUUAUUGAUUGUACUCACCAGGGAACAACUGUGGAAUAGUGACUCGAUCAUACAGCAUUGUCUGAAGACCACAACGGUCAUUAUGACAUAAUUAGUUCAUGUUAAACCUGAAGUAUUUAGAAGUGAAUAAGAAAUUUAAGCUUUUUAUCAGGCAGUGCUGUUCAAAUUAUAUAUUUUAUCAUUAAAGUACACCAUUUGUAAUUUA